GUUGUAUCACUGGAUGUUUUGGGUUUUUUCUUUUUCAUCAGGCCAGAUACCUAUUUCUGAUCCAAUUUUGUGAUCACAAUACGCUUCUUUCUGUCACUGUCAUUGAAAAAUAAAAUCCGAAGAAAUUAAAGGGGACAGAGCGCUACGGAAAGUUAGGCUUUCAGUAUUAUUGCCUACAAGUCGCAAUUCAUCGUCGAUGUGACUACGCCCCUGCCUCUGCUUGGUCAUGAGCAACAGCCACCCCUUGCGGCCGUUGGCCUCCGUGGCGGAGAUAGACCAUGUCCACUUGCUUUCGGAGCAGCUAGGCGCUUUGGUUCCAGGAGAAGACUACAGCGAUGUUACAUUCAUCGUGGAGGAAAAGCGCUUCCCUGCACAUAGAGUUAUUCUGGCGGCACGAUGCCACUAUUUCAGAGCCCUGCUGUAUGGUGGGAUGAAGGAGUCCCAGCCUCAGGUGGAGGUCUGCCUGGAGGAGACUCGGGCAGAGGCCUUCUCUAUGCUGCUGCAUUACUUAUACACCGGCCGUGCAAGCCUCAGUUCUGCCCGUGAAGAAGUCUUACUGGACUUCUUGGGCCUGGCCCAUCGCUACGGCCUCCAGCCACUAGAGGACUCCACUUGUGAAUUCUUGCGCACUGUGCUGCACACCCACAACGUGUGUCUGGUGUUUGAUGUGGCCAGCCUUUAUAGCCUAAGCACGCUCAGCGCUGCCUGCUGCGCAUAUAUGGACCGCCACGCCCCUGAGGUCCUGGCCUCUGAUGGCUUCCUCACUCUCUCAAAGACCGCUCUGCUGACGGUGGUGAGGAGGGACUCAUUUGCAGCGAGCGAGAAAGAGAUAUUCCAAGCACUGUGCCGCUGGUGCCGGCAGAACGGCGAGGGGGCAACAACGCAGGAAGUGAUGUCAGCAGUGCGGCUUCCUCUCAUGAGCUUGACGGAGAUGCUGAACGUGGUGAGGCCCUCUGGCCUGGUCAGCCCUGACGACCUGCUAGAUGCCAUAAAGACCCGUUCUGAGAGCCGAGACAUGGACCUCAACUACCGUGGCAUGCUGAUCCCAGAGGAGAACAUAGCCACGAUGAAGCACGGCGCCCAGGUAGUCAAGGGUGAGCUGAAGUCCGCGUUGCUGGACGGAGACACGCAGAACUACGACCUGGACCACGGCUUCUCCCGGCACCCCAUCGAGGACGACGGCCGCGCCGGGAUCCAGGUCAAACUGGGCCAGCCCUCCAUCAUCAACCACAUCCGCAUCCUCCUGUGGGACAGGGACAGCAGGUCGUAUUCCUACUAUAUCGAGGUGUCUAUGGAUGAGCUGGACUGGGUGCGUGUAGUGGAUCACGCCAAGUACCUGUGCCGCUCCUGGCAGAACCUCUACUUCCCAGCCCGAGUGUGUCGGUAUGUGCGCAUCGUGGGAUCGCACAACACUGUCAACAAGGUCUUCCACCUGGUUGCCUUUGAGUGCAUGUUCACCCAUCGCUCUUUCAUUCUGGAGAAAGGACUUCUGGUGCCCGGCGAGAACGUAGCCACCAUCUCAGCCUGCGCCAGUGUCAUUGAGGGGGUGAGUCGAAGCCGAAAUGCCCUGCUCAACGGGGAUACGCGGAAUUACGACUGGGAUUCGGGCUACACCUGUCAUCAGCUGGGGUCUGGGGCCAUUGUAAUCCAGCUGGCUCAGCCCUACAUGGUGGGCUCCCUAAGGUUGUUGCUUUGGGACUGUGAUGAACGCAGCUACAGUUACUACAUUGAGGUCUCCACCAAUCAGCAGCAGUGGACCAAGGUGGUGGACCGAACGAAGAUGGCCUGCCGGUCCUGGCAAACGCUGAGGUUCGAAAAACAGCCAGCCUCCUUCAUCCGCAUUGUGGGGACUCACAACACUGCCAAUGAGGUGUUCCACUGUGUCCACUUUGAGUGUCCUGCUCAGCUGGACACGGAGGUGAAGGAAGGCAGUCCCGGGCAGGGCGCGUCUGAACCCAGCUCGGUCUCCCAGCAGAACCGGCCCCCUCGACCCACUCGGACCCACAGCCUGCUCCCCUCUCAGCCCCCUCAGCCUUCCUCCUCCUCAUCAUCGUCGUCCUCACACAACCAUCACUGAGGAGCACGUAGCUUCAGGCUCUAGGGGCUUAAUAAAUACCCCAACGUGUGUUUGCACAAGCUUAAAUCUCCAGGGUGCACUGCUCUAUGCUGCUAAGCUUAUUGUUCAUUUUAAUGAUUUAAUGAUGAAUAAUGGCAAUAUUCACAAUGUAGAUAAUAAUCGGUUAAUAAUUUAUAGAGGAGUUAGAGGAGAUCUCUGCAGGACACCAGGACACAGGAAAUUAAGUAUCCCAAAGAUGGGCAAAGGAUUUUUUACCCAAGAAAAACACUCCUCAAUGACACUUGCAUUACUUUAAAAGUGUUUUUGUUCUUAUUUUUUCACACACUUGAACCCUCGUCUUUGCAAGCUGUCUAUCAGUGUUAUUUCUGUGUUGUGUAAUUAUCAGUUUGUUUAAAUUUGCCUUGUCACUUUAGUUCUGAUCGGUUGAAAAAUGGAUUGUAGUAAUUUAAUCUAAUGAAGGAAAGCAUAUGUAUUUUUUCUUCUUUCCUUAGAAUAUGUUUGAGGAAAUGUAGCUGCACCUUUUUUUAUUUUUAUUUUUUGUUUUUUACAAAGUCAAGCCAGGGACAUUUUUCUCAAGAACACAAAGUUUUAAGGAGCUUGGUGUUUUGUUCUGGGGGGGGGGGGGAGUCUUUACAGAAGAUGGACAGUGAAGUUCAUUUAAUAGCCCUGACCUAUGGGUACACCCAUCCAUAAGACAUUCAGUGUUAAUGUGAUGUAGGCAUCUGAUUGCUUGCUUGCAUUUUUUGUCUUUGUGAGUGACAGCUUUUGUAUGACAAAAAGUAUAUUAUUACUGACUGAACAAGCACCUGGUUUUCUUUGAAACUAAAUAUUGUACAUCAUGGGACUUGACCCAUAGGUUUUGUCAUUUGAGAUAAAGCAGACAAGGCCCCCAAAAGGUUUUGCUUCUCCUAAAUGUC